ACAGGGGGCGGGGCCUCCGGAAGUGGCUUGUCGCAGUCGGAGGCUCGUUGUUUCAGCGGCCGACUAGGAGAGAGAAGCCGGAGCUCAGGCAGCUCGGCGGGGUGUGAGGUGUGGUAACCUCUACACGGCUAGAAGCCAGGACAGCGAGCUGCCGAGCGGCGGGGUGAGAAGUGCCCGCUUUCCGAGCUCGCCAUGUCUCGGGGCUCCAUCGAGAUUCCCCUCCGGGAUACUGACGAGGUCAUUGAACUUGACUUCGAUCAGUUACCGGAGGGAGAUGAAGUUAUCAGUAUUCUGAAGCAGGAGCACACACAACUGCACAUAUGGAUUGCUUUGGCGCUGGAGUACUACAAGCAAGGGAAGACAGAAGAGUUUGUAAAGUUGCUGGAAGCCGCACGAAUAGAUGGCAAUUUGGACUAUCGAGACCAUGAGAAAGACCAGAUGACUUGCUUGGAUACAUUGGCAGCCUACUAUGUGCAACAGGCUCGGAAAGAAAAGAACAAAGACAAUAAAAAGGACCUUAUUACACAGGCAACCUUGUUGUAUACGAUGGCUGAUAAAAUUAUUAUGUAUGAUCAGAACCAUUUGUUGGGAAGAGCCUGCUUCUGCCUGCUCGAAGGUGACAAAAUGGAUCAGGCUGAUGCACAGUUUCAUUUUGUACUUAACCAGUCUCCAAACAAUAUUCCAGCCCUUCUUGGGAAAGCUUGCAUUUCAUUUAACAAGAAGGAUUAUAGAGGAGCUCUUGCUUACUAUAAAAAAGCAUUGCGUACUAACCCAGGAUGUCCAGCGGAAGUUCGUUUAGGAAUGGGCCAUUGCUUUGUCAAACUUAACAAGCUGGAGAAAGCUCGACUAGCAUUCAGCAGAGCCCUGGAACUCAACUCUAAGUGUGUGGGAGCACUGGUUGGACUGGCUGUUCUGGAACUCAACAAUAAAGAGGCUGAUUCCAUCAAAAAUGGUGUGCAGCUUCUUUCCAGAGCCUACACGAUUGACCCUAGCAACCCUAUGGUACUGAACCACUUGGCAAACCACUUUUUCUUCAAGAAGGAUUAUAGUAAAGUGCAGCACCUGGCUCUCCAUGCGUUCCACAACACAGAGGUGGAGGCUAUGCAGGCAGAAAGCUGUUACCAGCUGGCUCGAUCAUUCCACGUUCAGGAAGAUUAUGACCAAGCCUUUCAGUACUACUACCAAGCCACACAGUUUGCGUCAUCCUCCUUUGUACUACCAUUUUUUGGUUUGGGACAAAUGUAUAUUUAUCGAGGUGACAAAGAGAAUGCAUCUCAGUGCUUCGAGAAAGUUUUGAAAGCUUAUCCCAACAAUUAUGAAACUAUGAAAAUUCUUGGCUCUCUCUAUGCUGCUUCAGAAGAUCAGGAGAAACGAGACAUAGCGAAGGGCCAUUUGAAGAAGGUCACAGAACAGUAUCCUGAUGAUGUGGAAGCUUGGAUUGAAUUGGCCCAGAUCUUAGAACAGACUGACAUACAGGGUGCCCUUUCAGCCUAUGGAACAGCCACCCGCAUCCUGCAGGAGAAGGUGCAGGCCGAUGUCCCUCCUGAAAUUCUGAAUAACGUUGGGGCUCUCCAUUUUAGACUUGGAAACCUAGGCGAAGCAAAGAAAUACUUCUUGGCAUCACUGGACCGUGCAAAGGCAGAAGCCGAGCACGAUGAACACUAUUAUAACGCCAUCUCUGUUACCACCUCCUACAACUUAGCCAGGCUCUACGAGGCCAUGUGUGAAUUCCAUGAAGCAGAGAAACUGUACAAAAACAUUUUACGAGAGCAUCCUAACUAUGUUGACUGCUAUCUUCGCCUAGGAGCCAUGGCCAGAGAUAAAGGAAACUUCUAUGAAGCUUCAGAUUGGUUUAAGGAAGCCCUUCAGAUCAAUCAGGAUCACCCAGAUGCCUGGUCUUUGAUUGGUAACCUCCAUCUGGCAAAACAAGAGUGGGGCCCAGGCCAGAAGAAGUUUGAGAGGAUAUUAAAACAGCCAGCCACACAGAGUGACACUUACUCUAUGUUGGCCCUUGGCAACGUGUGGCUCCAGACUUUGCACCAGCCAACCCGAGACCGAGAAAAGGAAAAGCGUCAUCAAGACCGUGCCCUGGCCAUCUACAAACAAGUCCUCAGAAAUGAUGCCAAGAACCUGUAUGCUGCCAAUGGCAUAGGAGCAGUAUUGGCCCACAAAGGAUACUUCCGUGAAGCCCGUGAUGUGUUUGCCCAAGUGAGAGAAGCAACAGCAGAUAUCAGUGACGUGUGGCUGAACUUAGCACAUAUCUACGUGGAGCAGAAGCAGUACAUCAGCGCUGUUCAGAUGUAUGAGAACUGCCUCAGAAAGUUCUAUAAGCACCAAAACACUGAAGUCGUGCUCUACCUGGCCCGGGCCCUCUUCAAGUGUGGCAAGUUACAGGAGUGUAAGCAAACCCUGCUGAAGGCCAGACAUGUGGCACCCAGUGAUACAGUUCUGAUGUUUAAUGUGGCCUUGGUCUUGCAAAGAUUAGCUACCUCUGUUCUGAAAGAUGAAAAGAGUAAUCUGAAGGAAGUCCUUAAUGCUGUGAAAGAGCUGGAGCUUGCACACAGAUACUUCAGUUACUUGAGUAAAGUAGGAGAUAAAAUGAGAUUCGAUUUGGCCCUUGCUGCCUCUGAAGCCAGGCAGUGCUCUGACUUACUGAGCCAGGCCCAGUACCAUGUGGCCCGGGCACGCAAGCAGGAUGAGGAAGAACGGGAGCUGCGGGCCAAGCAGGAGCAGGAGAAGGAGCUCCUAAGACAGAAGCUUCUCAAAGAGCAGGAAGAGAAACGUCUCAGAGAAAAGGAAGAGCAAAAGAAACUUUUGGAGCAGCGGGCUCAGUAUGUGGAGAAGACCAAAAAUAUCCUCAUGUUCACUGGCGAGACUGAAGCAACAAAGGAGAAGAAAAGAGGUGGAGGUGGAGGACGGCGUUCUAAGAAAGGAGGCGAGUUUGAUGAGUUUGUCAAUGACGACACCGAUGACGACCUCCCUAUAUCCAAAAAGAAGAAGAGAAGGAAGGGCAGUGGCAGUGAACCGGAAGGCGAAGAGGAGGAAGGUGGAGAGAGGAAGAGGAAGCGGAGGAGAAGACCUCAGAAGGGAGAAGAAGGAUCUGACGAUGAUGAUACAGAAAAUGGCCCCAAACCAAAGAAACGCCGUCCACCAAGAGCAGAGAAGAAGAAGGCUGCCAAGCCAGAACGCCUGCCUCCUUCAAUGAAGGGAAAAAUAAAAUCCAAAGCCAUUAUAUCAUCGAGCGACGAUUCUUCAGAUGAGGAUAAACUGAAGAUUGCUGAUGAAGGACAUCCCAGGAAUAGCAACAGUGAUUCUGAUGAUGACGAGCGACCCAAUAGACGGGCCUCCUCUGAGAGCGAGUCAGAUGACAACCAGAACAAGUCUGGCAGCGAGGCAGGCAGCCCUCCAAGGUCGGGAAGACAGGAGUCGGAUGAGGAUUCCGACAGUGACCAGCCAUCCAGAAAGAGAAGGCGUUCGGGCUCUGAGCAGUCGGACAAUGAGUCAGCGCAGUCUGGGAGAAGCCCCUCCGGAGGUUCAGAAAAUGAUUCUCGCCCGGCUUCUCCAAGUGCAGAGUCGGACCGUGAAUCGGAGCAGGGAUCCGAUAACGAGGGAUCUGGCCAAGGCUCUGGAAAUGAAUCGGAACCAGAGGGCUCAAACAAUGAGGCCUCAGACCGAGGCUCGGAACGUGGAUCAGAUGAUAGUGACUAGGUUUUAUUUCAUCAAAGACUCCGUGGGGGUGGGGGGAGCUUUAUAAUAUAUAAAAGCUGUGAUAAAAAACAUUUCAGAUGGUUAGUCAUUUGUGAAACUUUUCUUAAGGCAUUUUUUUUUUCUAUUUGUAUAUUUACUAAACUCCAAGAGACAUUUCCUGUGCUAGAGUCCAGUGUCUGGAACUGGAGCAAUGAGACUCCUUCAUUGUGGUGCAGCUCCACCUGUCAUAUGUGAAAACUGCAGUAUCAUAUGCUAAAGCAUUCCUGCAAGGCUUGCCCAGGCUAGCCUGGUCUCCAGUAGGCAGCAUGCUGCUAUGUACGGUUUUUGUGGCAAACUUUUACCAAAUGUUGCAAAAACCGGGAUGUAUUUGUUACCUUUUGAGUUGAAAUGUAAGUUUUAUUUCUAGAGGAAGAGAUGUCCCUGUGUGGAACUCUGAAAGGAAGGUGUUCCCAGUGUGAAACUGCAGCCAUGGGUCAGAGUUGUAAACACUGGGGUGGGUAAGGUGUGGAAAGUGCUUUGCUGUUGUUGGAAUGGGAAGACCUCCCCCAGCCACUUAAUAAAUCCUUCUACCAACCAUA